AUGACCCAAUAUCAACUACAUGAUCGCAUAUCAGCUACAGACAACCAUAUAGCAACAAUAAAAUAUAUAGGCCACUUACCACAAUGGGGACCUCAAGUUAUUGCCUAUGGCAUAGAAUGGGACGAUGCCAAUCGUGGUAAAAAUGAUGGACUGUUGGAUGGUAUAGAAUACUUCACUCCCACUGUCGCCAAUUCUGCGAGUUUUAUCAAAUCAACCAACAGGAGCAUAAAUCAUGAUCGAAAAUCAUUUAUUCAAUUGAUUAGAGAGCAAUACGUUGAUGUCGUUGGGUAUGAAGCUAAGGGUAUUACAUUUGGUGGUAAAGUUGUUGAAGAAUUGGGAUGGCAACAAUUGAAUGAGCGUCAAUCACAAUUACGAAAUUUGACUUCGUUAAGUUUAGAUCAUCUGUUGAUCUACUGUAUGGCUCAUGAAAGUGAUGGUGAUUAUAUGGAAGAUGUAUUUAGCGGAUUAUGCAAUUUAACUAACUUGGAUCUAAGCUCCAAUUUAUUUAAUAGAAUGGGCGACAUUUGGCAAAUUGUAUCACGUUUACCCAAUUUAAAAAUACUUAAUAUCAAUGGGAAUAGAUUUGCCCCAGAUGAGUUAAUUCAGAGACUGGAUCAAAGCUUUAGUCAUACAAAUUUGCAAGUAUUGAAAAUGGCAUCAACUUUGAUACCUAUACACAGGGUCAAUUCAAUAACAUCACGACUUCCCAACUUACAAGAAUUGAUCCUAUCAGGGAACUACUACACCAACAAGGAUACGAACUCCCUAAACCUCAGUGAUAGCAAGGUAACAGCUUUAGAUCUAUCUUAUAAUUAUUUAGAUCAAAUUCCCUUCAACUUAUCACCAUUAAUACUGAAUAUGAAUAUUUCACAUUGUCAAAUCAUUUCAAUUGAGAAUAGCAUCAUUAAAACUAGGAUUAAGUCUCUCGAUGUUCGGUAUAAUCAAAUUUCCAAUUGGGUGGAUAUAGAUAAUUUAUCUCAAUCGUUUCCUCAAUUGACAAAUCUACGAAUCAAUCACAAUCCAAUUUUUGAAAAUAUAUCAGUUGAUGAAAUGACUUGCCAACUAAUUGGACGUUUUGAAUGCGAUGAUGGAAAGAGCAAUGGUGACAGGCUAAGUAUAUUGAAUGGGUCAAAGUUGACUUUGUCUGAAAUUGAAAACGGUGAAUUAUACUAUAUAUCUAAAGUUCACCUGGGCCAGUAUGAAAUGCACAAUCCAACACGGUGGAAGAACUUAUUGCAGAAGUAUGGGAAAGUAGGGCAUGAAGUUAAGGAACUAUCAACUUCAAGUGAGCUGAAAAGAUGGAUCAAUUUACAAUUGCGAGUUCGUCACGUGAAUGUGCAGAAAAGGGACAUAAAAGAAGACGGAACUGGGUCGGAAGGUAAUCUUCACACCGAAAGUGACCUCACUGUUUAUUCUCAUUUAUCCACAUACAAAUUCCUCAAAACUACAUCGAUUUUGAAAUUUAAAGGGAUGAUCUCACGGCUAUUUUUAUCAAAUUUAUCAAUAUUGCAAUUCCGAAUCUACUAUUAUAUAAACGAAGAUACAAAUUUUGCCACUAAAUAUGAGUUUGAUAAUUGGUCAAGUUGUUUGAAUGAUUUUGUCUUAGACAAUCAUCAAAGUAUUUAUAUAGAUUUGCAUCACUCAUAA